AUGCUGCAGCAGAUCCUGCACGACAUGUACAUCGACCCCGAGCUCCUGGCCGAGCUCAGUGAUGUGCAGAAGCACAUCCUGUUCUACAAGAUGCGAGAGGAGCAGCUGAGACGCUGGAGGGAGCGUGAGGCUUGGGAGGCCCUGGCCCAGGUCGAGGGCCUCAGGCCCCCCAAGGUCAAGCGAGGUAUGUGGGCAGCGAGUGACAAGCACAUCCAGUGGCUCCUGGGGGCAGAUGGCGAAGUCUGGGUCUGGGUUAUGGGAGAAGGCCCUGGAGACAAGCCCUAUGAAGAGAUCUCUGAGGAGCUGAUUGCAGAGAGGGCGCGGCUGCAGGCACAGAGGGAGGCGGAGGAGCUCUGGAGACAGAAGGAGGCAGAGAUCACCAAGAAGUUCCGGGAUGCUCUGGCCAAUGAGAAAGCCCGGAUCCUGGUGGAGAAGUGGAAAGUGGAGACGGAGGACCGCAAGGCUGCCAAAAUCCUGGAGGAGCGCAUCCAUGAGGAAUUCAAGAGGAAAGAGGAAGAGGAGAGGAAGCAAGGAGAAGAGCAGAUUCGCCUCCAGGAAGAGCAGAGGGCGAAGGAACUCUACUGGACCCUGAAGCAGGCCCAGCUGCAGAGCCGCCCCAGUGAGAAAGAGGAACGCGAGUGGGAAGAACAGCUGCGUCGAUCCAAGGCGGCUGAUGAGGAGAGAAGGCGCAGAGCCCAGCGCGCCCGGGACGAGUACCGGCGCCACUCCCUCCGCGCCAUCCAGAAGGGCACGGUCGCUGGCCUCAGCUCCAGGUUCCGAGAGCUCGGUCAGAGCCACGAGCAGGAGGCGAGACUCUACCACCACCUCCUGGGCCCGGGGCCGCCUUCACCCCUGGCCGUGCCUGGCAGGACUUGGGAGCGGCCCCUGUGUCCUGUCUCCAGAGAAGUCAUAGUGCGCUGGUUUAAGGAGGAGCAGCUGCCUCGCCGCGCGGGCUUUGAGAGGAGCACCAAAGCCAUCGCCCCCUGGUUCCACGGAGGAAAUUAUCACUGUUUCAGGGGGAGAGUUGCUGCAGGAACCCUGUGGACAGAGGGACAGCCCACCAGACUACCAUCUGUUGUUUGA